UUCUUAAAUUUAUUUAAAUCAUAUAAAGUGUUUUAUUAUAAUUUAUUAUGUACCUGUGAAUAGCCUAAUCCAGCCAGCUUGCUAAAACAAAUUUGCACAGAACCUAUCUUUAGCUUUAAUUGUGUGCUAAUAUAACCUUACUUUUUCACUUUCACAAUCACUAUUACUUGUCAACAAUGGAGUCACUUAAAAGAAGCCUUUAUGAGAUCAAUGACCACUUCAAUGCCACGAUGGCAGAAUUUCAGAAGGAGCUGAAGGGAGCCAUCCCAGCCACUAGUCCAUCUUCAAACAUAAACUCGCAGUUUGUGGCCUUCCGAUCAUUUGUUAUGACUGCUCUAGAAAAUCUGCAGCUGCAGGUGGAACUUUUAGCCAGGCAACAAGAUGAGUUGGAAAUGCGGUCUAGAAGGAAGAUUCUUCUUGUUCAUGGUAUUGCAGAAGGUGAUAAAGAAGAUCCCAGUGUUUCAGUUUGUCAUAUUCUUUCGCAACACCUAAAAUUGUCAAAACUCUCUGCUGAAUCGUUUAGCCGCUGUCAUCGCUUGGGAGGUGCCGGUGGUGACAGACCUCGCGCCGUACUCAUAAAGUUCAGAGACUGGUCACUCCGGGACACAGUUUGGUCUGCAAAAACUAAGUUGAAAGGCACUGGGGUAACUUUAUCUGAGUUUCUUAUUAAAAGCCGCCACAAGACCUUUCUGGCGGCUCGGCAACGAUUUGGCGUUGCGAAGUGUUGGACCAGGGACGGCAACAUCGUGGUCCUUGACUCUGACGGUAAGCGGCAUCGCAUCACAAGUAUGUCUGAGCUGAACGCCAUCCCGGCCGCUGGUCAGGAUGUGCCGCGUGCCGCUGUAACCACUGCUGCUUCUGCUGCUACUGGUGUAGCCUCUAAGGACUCCAGACUUGCCAACUCGAGACUUAAGAGAGUUGUAAGGAAAUAG